AUGGCUACAGGUGUAGAUGCUACUGCACAACAAUUUGCACGAGUUUCUGACAUUGCAAAAGAACCACAAAAAAUGCUGAUGCCAAUUCGGGGAUAUGAAAAAAUGCCGUUAGUGUCAUUGGAAGAGGCCGUUACACCGCUUGUCUCGAUAUUGCCCGAAGUUCAAGAUUAUGCGUAUGUUGCCAAACAAAGAUGUGAACCUGUACCUGCUGAUGGUUUAACACAAGAUCAAUCAGCUUCAAUUAUACUAUAUACAAUGGAAUGGGAACCGCAUGAAGAAUGUUUAUAUUUUGCUUUAAACGCAACACUUCGUGCUGAAGACAGACGAAAACUAAAACCAUGGUUUUCGUAUUUAAAACUUAUUCUCACAGCACUCAAACAAUUACGCUCUACGAGACAUUUUGUUUAUCGUGGAGUGAAAAUGAAUUUAAUUAAACAAUAUCCAUUAGGAAAAACCUUUGUUUGGUGGGGAUUUUCUUCAUGUGCUUCAAAAAUGGGUGUGCUCGAAAAUGAACAAUUUUUAGGUAAAACUGGUGACCGAACAAUGUUUACCAUUGAUUGUGAAAGUGGUAAGGAUAUUAGUCGCCAUUCUUAUUACCAAUCGGAAGACGAAAUCCUUCUUCUUCCUGCCCGGCAAUUUGAAGUAAUAUCCUGUUUGCAGCCAGCACCGGGCCUUAAUAUGAUUCAACUCAAGGAAACUCAAUCUCCAAUUUCUCUUUUGCAACCAGUUACAAAUGAUUCUAAUCCAAAGGCACCAUCGCAAGAUAUUGGCAUUAAAACACAAUCUGAAACAAUUGUUGCUUCAGUUCAACCAAAAUUGGACAGCGUCAAAAGUGACACAAGUGCUUCAACUGUACCAAAACCAAUGCCAAUGAACAAAACUAUAACACAUGAUGCAACAUCAGGUAUGUUAAUAAAAACAAACCAGUAUCAAAACAAUACUCGACAGUUGAUGUUCACAGUAGUUUUUACUUAACCAAUCGAAUGAAUGACUAACGAAAAGUUUUAAAAUGAUACUAAAUAGAUAAGUCUGUAUGUAGUGUUUCUCUGUUGGCAAUCGAUUGUUGAAUAAUGCUUCGAUUAUAAACUCUCGUUAACACUGUAAAUUUGAUUAAAAUUCAUUCAUUCGUCCUAUCUAUCGAUGAUUUCAUCGUCCUAUCUAAGAUCACAUCUGACUCUGUUUCUAUUGAUAGAAAUCUUGACCGUAUAAAGUUUUUCAUAGUUGUAUAGUAAACUUUGCUAGUCGAUUCUGUUUCGUAUGAAAAUUGCAUGAUCUCUUACGAUACGAGUGUCAAAAUUUUUAUCUCUUCUUAUUCUUUCAAUCAAUAUUUUGUAUUAAAAAACAAAUAGACUUUUUUCUUCGAUUAAUUUUGAUAUAAUUUAUUAAUUCUAUCAGAAAAUAAAUCAGUUUAUAUUUGAAUUUGCUCAUUUAUUUUUCCUUUUUAAAAUGAAACGCAUGAAACUUUUGUAACCAUAAUCGAACGUUAAAUUUCAUAAAGAUGAAUUUAUUUUUUUUUAUUGUACCAUACGAGGCUAAACGAUGAUUUUCUCAUCGAAGUUAAUACCCGAGCAACGAUUACAUUGUAAAAACUGCGUUACUUUCAGGCUCUUGUCUCAUAUCCAUUUCUAUCAUCUGUUUUCUAUUGUGUAAACUAUUUCAUUGCAAUAUUCACGGCAUUGGCUGACAUGAUAUUUUCAAGCAACUGAUUUCAGAUGAAUAGAAACCUCACACUAUCUGAAUCUAAAAUCUAGUAGUUACAUAAUUGAACCAUUCAUGCAUGUAUGCAUGCCUGUAUCUUA